AUGACACAAACUCUUUCGCCCUCAAUAUUUUUUUCAAAUAUUGAUACUCCUGUUCCACUCAUCAACUUCCCAAUUUAUUUGGGCCUCCAGCUCCAAUCUACAUUACAUCCGGAAUUAGCCCCAUCUCUGCCUUUAUUCGCAACAACUGAACAAAUAAAUAAUUUUGUCACAAAAGCUCAAACCUCAUGGGAUUUGCCUCGUUUAAUCAACGAAAGUACAACAGGAUGUCCAGCUUCACUUUACCCAUGGCAACCACUCGAUGCAAUCGAUGAACAACAUCUUGAAUCUACGCGGUUAUGUGUAUCUGGCUGCUGUCAGCCCUGUGGUUUCAAGCAUAGCAUGUCGCGUCCAGUUGAGCAACUCCAAGAAACAUUUGUAUUAUUAGCUUACGCAAGUUUCUUAAUGUCAGUAUUUCUGGUUCUCUCUCAUAUGGUCAAUAUUCGUUUGACUAUCAACGCAUAUACUACGCUUCAAUCUCUUUCCAUCAUUAUUUUCUGUAUUCCAUUUUCUUUCUUUCUCAUUGACGCCAAAAAAACAGUUUGCUUUGAUCACAUUACUCAUUCAACAGGUAAAUCAAAUGUCUACUGCCAAACUCAAGGUGUCCUAUUUGUCCUAGGUUUUCAUGCAGUUGUGUUAAGUUUGGUUGUUAGGGUUUUUUCUAUAUAUAUGACCAUUGUUUGUUCUCGAAGUAUCCCAAGAGUAUACCCCACUAUCAUGACACUAGGCAUUUCUAUUGUGUUUGGAUCCGCUUCAAGUUCUUUCAUCACAUACGAAGGUGGCGUUUUCUGCUCUCCAUCGCCAAGAACAACAAAAUUUUUGCUUCAAAUACCACUCAUCAUUUAUUCAUGUAUUGGUAUUUUGUUACAGUUAGGCACAACAAUAGCUGUCACCAAAACUCUUUGGAUUGUCAGGUCCAAUAUUAUAAAAUCUCAACAACCAGCAGACUUCAAAUUCAAGUUCAGCCAAAAACUCAAAAUAAUUCUCAUUUCUUAUUUCAAGUCGGUCAAGCUUUUGUGGCGUACAUAUAUUUUAUCAAUGUUUCUGGCAGCUGUAAUGGUUUUCGUGACAAUUCAAUACGUUUUGCUAACAAGACAUGGUUCACGCAUUAAUGAUCGGCUUGCCACAAUUGACUGGGUAAGCUGUAUUUUAGUUAAAGGAAAUCAACAAAAAUGUACAAAGUAUCUUGAAGGACAAGGAAUGUACAUUCGUACACUUGUGACAGUCAUUCUUCUUCUUCUUUUUACAAUUUUGUUUUUAAUGACUGAGUACCGUGUAUUUUUAUUUCGCGCAUGGUUCCAGUUUUUGAAACACCCAAGCGCGUUAUUUUCACAAGACCGCUCGGAUCGCAUCUUGGAUACUCUAGAUGACAGCUUGUCCAAAGUGUGGCUUCCAGAAAAACUACAAAAUAGUUUCCUUGGAUCUUUCAAAGGUAAAAGAAAUGAAAGCGCGACUCAAAGAGCUCUUGAAGCACAACUAGUUCUUUUUACAGAAAAUCAAGAAAAACAAAGAAAAUUAGACGAAGAGGAUCAACUAGCCCAUUGUGAGAACUACCAACAAGGUCUGAGUUCCAUAGAAGUUACCAGCAAUACUAAAAAUUUGCGAAGCAACACAAAAGACAGCGGGAAAUUCCAUCGAUGCUUAACCCCAGUUCAACAACAAGAGCUUCUUAUAGUACGCCAACAGUUUGAAAAGCCAUGUUCACUCAUGUGCAAACCUAGGCCUACUUUGAGCGCAAACAAUGAAACACCAGACAAUUUCCCUAGCGGCAUUAAAACCCUUAGCUCAAAAAGCAAGAAAAAUUUGAUUUCGAAGAAAAACAGCGACAGUAAUUAUAAAAACUAUUCUAUAACAAGCGAAAUCGUGGCUGAGUACGAAUCAAAAUGCUCUCCAACAAGCGUACGGCCAAGUACGACUAUCAUUCCAACAAUAUCUGAAUUUCCUAUGCAUCCCAAAAAAGCACACAUUGAUGAUGGCCAAGGCAGGAAAAAGAAACGGUUUAUGUCUGGAUGGAAGUCCAUGUUUUGCUCACCAUGUUCUUCUUCCACGCCCCUGGAGCCAAUUCAAGAAAGACAAAACACACAAGAAGAAAUCAUAGAGUGGUUUAACAUGCAAACCAAACGUCAUUCUACAGCUACCUGUGACCCACUAACGGUUCCUCAAGAACAAGAAUCUAAAAACAGACACAUCUCCACAUUUUUGGGGAUUCCAACGCCACCUUCAGUUCCACUCUCACCCGGUGGGACUGUUCAAUUACGUUCUAGUUGGUCAGCCAUUUCAGGGCUUUGGGGGAAUAGACAUGAAGAUGAGGUGGAAAGUCGUGCUACAGAAAAUGAUGAAGAAAUGGAUUUUAUGGAAUUUCUAAAAAAAACUGCGCCACCAGGCCGGUAA